CAUAAAGAAGGAUCAUGGCUUGGUUUGUUAAAAUCCUAUAUUGCAGAUUUGGGAUUGUCCCGAAAAAAUGAAGAAUGCAUUUUAAAAAAUGGAAUUUAUGGUGUCAUGCCUUAUAUUGCCCCUGAGGUCUUAUUAGGCCAGGAAUAUACAUCAGCAGCCGAUAUAUAUAGUUUUGGUGUUAUUAUGGUAGAGAUGACUACUGGAAUACGUCCAUUUUAUGGACAUUCAAAACAACGACCUACUGCUGAAACAAUUCUUUGUAAACUUUCUGAAUGGCAUAAUUUUAUUAACGAAUCAGAUGAGUCUGAUGGGGAAUUUGAUGAACUUGUUGAACUUGAUUUAUUUGACGAUAAUUCUGCUGAAGUUGAUGAAAAAUCAAAAAUUCGAAGUGAAUUUAUGGCUGCUGAUAUGAAAAUUCAAGAACUUUCAAUAACUUUGCAAGGACAUCCUGAUAUCACUUCUCCAUAUAACUGUGUCACCUGCAAUUUUGAUGCUUGUUCUAGCCAUUGCAAACCUGAUGAAAUAUGCGAACCUAAAAGUCACUGCCAGAAUCGUCAUCCUCUUCGUUAUGCGCAAAUUCCUACAAUGUGGAUGUGUGAUGAAUGUAGAAAAAUUUGUUAUGGAAGACGUUUACGAUGUAAACAAUGUGAUUAUGAAUUAUGUUCAACAUGUUUGGCAAACGAGGAUCUUGCUUAUUUGAUGGCAAAUUGCUCAUCGCCUCAAGAUGAUCUUUUUUUUUUAACACU